AACGCUGCAGUGCCAAUUUGGUUUCAAACUGAGUUUUCUGUAUAUACUUCCACCAAUAGAUUUAUAAAAAGGUCUGAUAUAUGGCAAAAUAAGAAUAAAUGUCCAACGCAACUUCCUAGCAACCAUGCCUAUCAACAUAUCCUAACAGAUCCACCAUCAUAAAGACAAUAUGCCAAAAUGCAGUAAAGCAAAGAACCCGUGCAAAAUAUGCUUGGGUCAGGUGACAACGAAGAACGGUUUACAAUGCCAGGGUGCUUGUAAAACUUGGAUGCAUUUCAACUGUCUGAAUUUCACUUCUGGGCAAGUGAAGGACAUAAAAGCUGGCAUCAUCAAAGUGACAUGCCCCUGCCCAGAUUGCAAUAGCUUAACGCUAAGAGAAUACCGCACACAUGAGACCUUAACUUGCAAAAACACUGCGUGCCCAGCAAAUCAGAUGCCAAUAUGUGGAAACAAAACGUGCCCGGUUAAAAAAUUCUCAAGCACAACAGAACAAAUGGAGGUCGGUAAUGGAUGCGAUUGGAAUAUAUGUGGGCAGAGCUGUAAAGAGCCUCAAAUACCAGAUGGUGAGUGUUGUUCCUCUUCAGACAUGGCGGGUGAUGAAGGACGAGAAACAGGCCCAUUGGUAUCUAUAAGCACACUUGAGCAAAUGUGCAACACUGUUGGCCAGUUGACAAAUCAACUAAACACUCUGAUGUCGAAAAUGAAACAAACGGUCGAAGAGAAGAAUGGUAGUUUGGGUAGAAAACACUGUCAAGGUAAAAAGUCAAAGUGUCCUAAGCCAUGCUGUUGCCCUGGUAAUCCGCGAUUGAUGCCACUUGAAGAAAAUAAUUACGUUUAUACAGUGAUACAGGAUAGGAGAGUUAAAAUGGACAAAAGUAUAAAGCAUCAACUGCUAAUUGUAGCUUGUAUAAACAUUGGUCAGGUCAUCGUAGGAUACAGUGUGGGAUGGUCGGCUCCUAUCAUACCCAAACUUCAGGAUCCAGAUCGAACGCCCCUUCCUGAGCUGAUCACAGAUUUUCAAGCAUCAUGGAUAGGGUCCCUGCUUUACAUAGGGGCUAUGGUAGGUCCGUAUGUCACAGGGUUUCUCUCGAAUCUGAUUGGCCGGAAGCCCUGUCUUAUCAUUGGCGGGAUUCUCAACAUAGUUGCAUACAUCCUGGUCGUCACAACUAAGAAUCUCGCAAUGAUUUACGCGAUCAGAAUAGUCAGCGGUCUCGGGAUGGGAAUAACCAUCGUCGGAAACAUUGUCUACGUUGGAGAGAUUGCGUCCACCCACAUCCGAGGUAUCCUCUUAACAUCCACAUCUAUAAUCGGUAUAACUGGUACACUUUUAGUGUAUUCGGUGGUACCUUUCGUGGCAUACACCACUACGGGAUACAUAGCUCUAGUCAUCAGCUUUGCUCAUGUUGUCACGCUGAUGUUUAUACCUGAGUCACCGGUUUAUAAUGCCAUGAAAGGUGAUGACGUAGGAGCAGCAAAAACACUCAACCUACUCGGAAGGUCAUCGGACGUCGAGAAAGUUCUAGAAACAUAUUCCAGCAAGAGUCAAGAGUCCACCAAUUUCAAGGACUGGAUAGAAAUAUUCACAAUAAAAUCAAACAGAAUGUCUUUAUUCAUAACCUUUACUUUAGGAGCCUUACAACAGUUUAGUGGUGUGGCGGUAGUUUUGUUUUUUGCCACUUCGAUAUUCGAAUUAGCUGGAUCAUCUGUGAGGUCUGAUAUAGCAACUAUAAUAAUUGGAGUUACGAGAUUGGUCUCCAGUCUUAUCGCUCCAUUGUUCAUAGAGAGAUCUGGGAGGAAAGUGUUGCUACUGUGUUCUAUGACGGCUUGCGCAUUGAGCUUGGCUGUUCUAGGUCUUUACUUCCAUCUAGAGAGAAUAGGAAGCCAUGUGUUGGACAACAUAGGAUGGCUGCCAUUGUUCGCCCUUAUCAUAUACUUCUUUAGUUAUGAAGCUGGUUUCGGAACGAUACCGAAUGCGAUAGUAGGUGAAAUGUUCCGAGCUAACGUACGCUCAAACGGAUCAGCGAUGGCCAUUACCCUAACUUGGCUGGUUGGAUUUGCUUUAACCAGUAGUUUCGCUGCCAUGGUUGAAAACUUGGGUGGUGACGUCACAUUCUGGAUCUUCGGGGGCUCAUGCAUCGUUUCUUUCCUGUUCACCUUCUUCUGCGUACCUGAGACAAAAGGGAAGACGUUAAAAGAGAUACAGGAUAUGUUGAUGAACAUCGGCCAAUUUAUCGACGGAUACAGCGUCGGUUGGUCGGCACCCAUUAUACCAAAACUGCAAGACCCCGACCAGACGCCUUUGCCGAAGUUGAUAACAGAUCUGGAAGCCUCCUGGAUCGGUCCGUACAUCCCAAGCUACCUCUCCAACAUAAUCGGGAGGAAACCAUGUUUAUUCCUCGGGGGGUUGCUCAACCUGACCGCUCUCAUACUGAUAGUCGUCACUAGAAACGUGGCAACUGUUUACGCGAUACGAAUCAUAAGUGGCAUCGGCAUGGGAAUGGUCACCGUCAGCAAUCUCGUGUACGUCGGUGAAAUUGCAUCAACGCACAUCCGCGGUAUUCUUUUGACGUCCACUUCGAUCGUUGGUAUCACAGGUACCUUGGCGGCUUACACCGUGGGAUCUAUGGUGUCGUACGCAGGCACGGGUUAUAUCGUGUUGAUUAUCAAUAUAAUUCACAUUAUUGGGAUCUAUUUCAUACCAGAGUCACCGGUGUUCUACGCUAUAAAAGGCAAACAAAUGGAAGCCAAAAAAACUCUUCGCUUGCUAGGAAGGUUGGAUGAUUUGGACAACGUUUUCGACUCGGUUAAAGGCACCAACCCUGGUGAGGCCAACAGUUGGAAGGCGUGGGUCAAGAUCUUCACCGUGAAGGCGAACAGGAGGUCUUUAUUCAUAACCUUGAGCCUAUGCACGUUGCAGCAGACCAGUGGAGUUGCUGCUGUGCUGUUCUUCGCAACCACUAUUUUUCAAAUUGCUGGCUCCACUAUCAGACCCGAUUUGGCAACUAUUAUAAUUGGCGCGACGAGAUUAUUAGCGAGUUGUGUGGCACCGUUUGUGGUCGAGAGAGCGGGACGGAGGAUAUUGCUGCUCGUUUCAACUGCCUUUUGCGCGGUCAGUUUGUCAACUCUUGGAACAUAUUUCUACCUGUCGAGGAUAGAGAGCACGGUGAUCGCUGAAGUCGGGUGGCUACCCCUAGUCGCACUUAUCAUGUACUUCUUUUUCUAUGAAAUUGGUUUCGGCACAAUGCCCAGUGCUCUAGUGGGGGAGAUGUUCAGAGGCAACGCACGCAGUACCGGCUCAGCCGUUUCCAUGACGACCGCGUGGCUGAUCGGUUUCGGCGUAGCCACCGGUUUCGGCACCAUGGUCAAAGUUCUAGGCGGGGACGUCACGUUCGGGAUUUUCUCCGCAUCCUGCAUAGUAGCCUUUUGGUUCACGUACCAAUUCGUACCGGAGACUAAGGGGAAGAAUCUUAAUGAAAUCCAGGAAAUGUUGAUGUAUCUCGGACAGCUGAUAGUGGGGUUUUUUGGGGGAUGGCCUGGACCCAUAAUACCAAAGCUGCGUGACCCCAACGAAUCACCAAUUCCAUACAGACUGACGGAAACAGAAUUGUCUCUAGUGGCCACAAUGACUAUGCUAGGGUCUAUACCAGGUCCAUAUGCGAGUGGGUGGUUAUCAAACAGUAUAGGAAGGAAGCCAUGCAUAAUAGCAGGGGGUGUGUUAUCAGUUAUAGGCUCGGCUAUUCUGGCAGCUGCGGAAAAUUUAGCAAUGUUGUAUUGCGGGAGAUUGCUAUUAGGUUUUGCAGGGGGCAUUAUCAGUGUUAUGAUUGUCGUUUAUAUUGGCGAGAUUGCCUCGACAAGUAUAAGAGGCAUUCUUUUAACUGGAUUCGGAAUUACUAUGACGGUUGGCUCAAUAUUGUUGUUCUCCAUAGGACCAUAUCUGUCAUAUUUUCGAACAACCUCUGUGGGCUUGGCUUUGGCAAUAGCUUUUACAUUUGGUGCGAUAAUGUUACCAGAGUCUCCUACCUUUUAUAUUAUCAAAGGAAACAACGCUAAAGCAGAAGAAGUUUUACGAGAUUUAGGUAGACCGGAAGACGUAGAGAAACUAUUCGAAGCUAAAAAAGUGUUUACAGAAACUACUUAUAAGCAAGACUGGCAAGAACUGUUCAGUAUAAGAAGUAAUAGAAAAGCUUUUGUCAUAGCUGUCGUUAUAAAUGUAUUACAAAACUGCAGCGGACUUUUGGCAGUGAUUUUCUUCUCGGCAUCCAUAUUCGAAAUGGCUGGAACUACGAUAAAAUCGGACAUAUCGAUGAUAAUAAUUGUAGGUUUUCAGUUAUUGGGAAGUGUUUUAACACCUUUCCUUAUUGAGAGGACUGGGAGGAAGAGCAUUCUGUUGGUAUCUUGCGCCGCGUGCUGUAUAAGCAUGUUUAUUCUGGGGUUAUACUUUUAUUUGGUUGUCUUGGAGAACUCUGUAAUCAAUCAAUUCAAAUGGUUGCCACUCGUGGUCCUAAUUAUUUAUUUCAUCAGUUAUAACUUCGGUUACGGUAUCAUACCACAUACGAUAAUCGGUGAAAUGUUCACUCCAAACGUAAGAAGCAACGGAUCGACUCUCUCCUUGAGCAUAGCCUGGGUUUUUGGAUUCACCGUGAACACAGUCUUCGGAGUGCUGAUAGAAAGCGUUGGCGGACAUCUCGCGUUUUGGUUCUUCUCUUCUAUAUGCGCCUGCGCAUUUAUUUUCACCAUUUUCUACAUUCCCGAGACAAAGGGAAAAAGUUUGUUGGUGAUUCAAGAGCUUUUGAAUAAAUAG